UCGCUGUGUCACCCAGGCUGGAGUGCAGUGGCGUGAUCUCGGUUCACUGCAACCUUUGCCUCCCAGGUUCAAGCAAUUCUCCUGCUUGAGCCUCCCGUGUAGCUGGGAUUACAGGCAUGAACCACCACGCCUGGCUAAUUUUGUAUUUUUAGUAGAGACGGAGUUUCAGCAUGUUGAUCAGGCCGGUCUGGAACUUCUGACCUCAGUGAUCCGCCCACCUCGGCCUCCCAGAGUUCUAGGAUUAUGGGUGUGAGCCACUGUGUACAGCCCCCGUUCAAUUUUAAUACCAUCACUAUGCACCCGAUGCCUGUGCUAGGCACUGGAAUAAGAUGAAGCACCUUCUUGGAGUUUACAUGCUGAUAAUUGUGCCAGACGGUAAUAAAAUAGGUAAGAAUGGCUGUUGGGGAAGUCAGCUGGGUUCUAGUUAUAGUCGCAUUUCAGGAAAUUAUUUAACAUGCUGACUUUAACAACCUAAGCCUCUUCUCCGUGUGUACACACGGGGUAGAUCUCUGAAGGGUGGUGCCGUAACUUCUAGGGUAAUGGCUGUGUUAAGGCAGGAUGACAGUUCAGCCUCCUCCCAGGCUAGUGCAAAGGGCUCUUGACUUGGAUUAAAACCUUCUCUCCCAGACUGCAUUGCCCACCCCCAACACCCCUCCUACAGAAAAUUUGAAGUCCUCCCUUAUUCCCUGGUAGCCCCUACCUAAUAGGGUGGUAAAUUAAUUAUCAAACAUGCAACAGUUUAGCGAAAACGGCAACAUUUUGGAAAAAAUGACUGUAACGUGCGUCCCGCCUGCCACCCUAACUGGCGCCCAUUUUGAAGGUCAGUUUCUCCUCCUGGAAGGAAGAGUGUUCUUGGAUUUCACCUUGGGGGAGGAAGAAUUCAGGCUGCCAGAAGUGAACUAGCACUUCUGAAGAUCCCAAGGCGAGGUCCUGUGACUUCCUUGGGAAGCUCUGCCGCGCCCCCACCCCACCACACCCCAUCCCACCACACCACAGCAGGCCACUGGAGUCCUGGGACCACCCCAGUCUGCGGCCCAAAUCCUUCCUCACUAAGGGGAGGGGAGGGGUGUUCCGGCCAGGCGGGGUGGAAGGGGUGCUUGGGCGGGAUUGUGACAUAAGAUUGCCCUGGUGACAUGGAACAGAUCUGGACCCAAGCCUAAUAAAGGUGGCAUAACUAAAGGUGUCAUAAAGACAGGGCGGGGCGCAUGCUAAUAAGGGGCAUGAGCAUCUCGGGGCUGCCAGAAUGGCUCCCACUAAGUGCGCGGCACCAGCACGUGUCAUGUCUUGGCUGCGUUUCUGGGGCCCAUGGCCCUUCCUUAUGUGGCAACUAUUGUGUCUACUAGUCAAGGAGGCUCAGCCUCUGGUGUGGGUCAAGGACCCUCUCCAGCUGACCUCUAACCCCGUGAGGCCACCUGAGCCCUGGUCUUCCUGUUCCUCCCAUCUCCCAUGGGAAUCUCCCCAUGCACCUGCUCCCCUAGCAGCCCCGGGGGACUUUGAUUACCUAGGGCCCUCUGCUUCUUCGCAGAUGUCAGGCCUGCCCCAGGAAUCGACUGAAAAUUUGAAUCCAUUCCUGGACAUGGAUUCAGCUGGAGAGCUGCUCCUGGGGCUAGAGCACUUCUUGGCUGCACAUCAGGAUUUAAAUGACAAGCUGACUCCGCAAGAAAGGCUCCCAGAGGUGGUUCCACUGCUGGACGGGGAUCAGAACCAGACCCCAGUUCAGCUUCCUCGCCUCAAAAAACCUGAAGAAAGAUCUAGCUCAGCGUUGGAGCCUUGCUGAGAUUGAUGGGAUUCCACACCAAUUAUCCAAACCUCAGCGUCAGAAACAGACUCUGCAGGAUGAAUAUUCAGGUAUGGACACACUGUAUCCUGGCAGCCUGCCUCCAGAACUC